CUCUUCUUCUCUCCUGAGACCAGAAGCUAGAGUACAAGAGCAGCGGCAUUUGAGAUCGAUAUCCAAGCGAGCACGCGCACGACCCGAGCAAUCUAGCUGCUAAGUACGACGUGUACAAACAUCUCCGAGUUCGAGCAAAAUGGGAGGUGUGCACGGUGUCUGCUACGGCGUGGUCGGCGACAACCUCCCUUCGCGUGCGGACGUGGUGCAGCUCUGCAAGUCCAACAACAUCCAGUCCAUGCGCAUCUACUUCCCGGACCAGGCCGCCCUCGCCGCGCUCCGCGGCAGCGGCAUCGCCGUCAUCCUCGACGUGGGCGGCGUGGACGCCGUCCGCGCCCUCGCCGGCAGCGCCUCGGUCGCCGCGGACUGGGUCCAGGCCAACGUGCAGGCGUACCAGCGCGACGUCCUCAUCAGGUACAUCGCCGUCGGCAACGAGGUAGGCCCCGGCGACGGCGCCGCGGCGCUGCUCCUCCCGGCCAUGCGGAACGUGCACGCCGCGCUGGUGUCCGCGGGGCUCGACGGCAGCAUCAAGGUGUCCACGGCGGUGAAGAUGGACGCGUUCGCCGACACGUUCCCGCCGUCCCGCGGCGCGUUCGCGCAGGGGUACAUGGCCGACGUCGCGCGGUUCCUGGCCGACACCGGCGCGCCGCUGCUGGCCAACGUGUACCCCUACUUCGCCUACAGGGACGACCCGCGGAACAUCAGCCUCGAGUUCGCCAGCUUCCGACCGGGGGCGGCCACGGUGACGGACGGCGGCAACGGGCUGGCGUACACGAACCUCCUCGACGCCAUGGUGGACGCCAUCUACGCGGCGCUGGAGAAGGCCGGCGCGCCCGGCGUCCAGGUCGUCGUGUCGGAGAGCGGGUGGCCGUCCGCCGGCGGGUUCGCGGCGAGCGUGGACAACGCGCGCCAGUACAACCAGGGUGUGAUCGACCAUGUCCGGCAGGGCACGCCCCGGAGGCCCGGGUUGCUGGAGACGUACGUGUUCGCCAUGUUCAACGAGAACCAGAAGACUGGGGACGAGAUCGAGAGGCACUUUGGCUUGUUCAACCCGGACAAGACGCCUGUUUACCCAAUCAACUUCCCAAACUGACACGGCGAUGCUUUCACUCGAUCGCUUUGUGUUUGCCACAUACCGUAUUUAUUUAGUAUAUAUAUAUACGUCAAUAAAUAAUAUGCAUUGUAUGAACGAGAAGUACAAAAUAAUCCAUGGUAUUGGCUUGUCGCUGUUUUGUUGUUA